AUGAGGCCGACGCGUCAUCGCUCCUCACUGGCGGAUGUAAAACUUGUCAUCGGCUGCGGCUUCGACACGCAGUCACUCGGUUGUAUGCGGCGAGAAGGACAAGCGCGUUUGCCUCCAGCUGGAGAUUCGGGUUGUUGCCGGAGAUGCAAGCGUCGGAUGCGCUUCACUAGCCGGAUUGUUGUUUAUUGUGCAACGAUGAGGGCGGAGGAGUAUUUGUGGAUUCCCGUCGUCGUUGUGCUUCUCCUUUGUCGUGCAUCUGCUUCGCAAUUCUCUUACUCCGUUUCCGAGGAGAUGAACAAAGGCGCGGUGGUGGGGAAUAUCGCCAAGGAUUUGAACCUCGAUUUGCAGGAGCUGCACAACCGAGACCUGCGUAUUGUGUCAAGUUACAGUAAGAAAUACAUUGACGCAGAUCUUGGGACGGGGAACCUCUUUGUUCACGACAAAAUAGACCGGGAGGAGCUUUGUCCCAACGCGGCGCAAUGCUUUGUGAGAAUGCAGGCGGUGCUGAGCAACCCGAUGAGCGUGCACCGCAUUGACGUCAAUGUUUUAGAUGUCAACGACAACUCGCCGACGUUUGAGGAACAAUUGCACACCUUAAAGAUAUCUGAGAACGUAGCACCCGGAGAGAGAUAUUUCCUCCCAGAAGCAGAGGAUUCGGACACGGGAAGCAAUUUAGUCAAGACGUAUGAAUUGAGUCCAAAUGAGCAUUUUACGCUGGAUGUGCAGAGUGCUGGAAAACACGGCGUGUCUGCAGAGCUGGUGCUGCGCAAAUCUUUAGAUCGAGAGAAAGAGCCUGUUCAUGAGCUCACGCUCACCGCUGUCGAUGGAGGAAAACCGGCUAAAUCGGGCACGUUACAAAUCAAAGUCGUGGUCAUGGAUGUGAACGACAACACGCCCGUUUUCAGCAAGUCGCUUUACAAAGUGCGUGUGAGUGAAAACGCUGCACUGGGAUCAUUUGUGAUCAAAUUAAACGCAACGGAUAUCGACGAAGGCACGAACGGCAAGAUCACGUAUUCUUUCAUUCAACGAGGCAACAAUGACCCGUCAAACGUUUUCAAUCUCAAUUGGGAAACGGGAGAAAUCACCGUGAAAGGUGCUUUGGAUUACGAGGAGACUCCUGCUUAUGAAGUCAGGAUCCAAGCAAUGGAUCGAGGCGCCGUUCCUCGUAGCGCGCAUGCUAAACUCCUCAUCGAGAUAAUUGAUGUGAACGACAAUGCCCCCGAAAUCACGGUGACGUCGCUGAUGACGCCGGUCAAGGAAAACGCAGAAUCGGGGACAAUCGUCGCUUUGGUUACCGUGAGCGAUAAGGAUGCUGGGAACAACGGUGUAGCCAACUGUCAGGUGGGCGGAUCUGUUCCCUUUAAGUUCAAUUCCAACUACAACAAUGAUUAUUCUUUAGUAGUUGACGGAGCACUAGACAGAGAAAACGCCUCCCUGUAUAAUGUGUCCAUCAUAGCCACUGAUGAUGGAAGUCCACCUCUGUCCACGAGAAGAAUAAUUACCGUUCACGUUUCUGACGUUAAUGACAAUGCGCCUCGAUUUAGGGAACCUGUCAUGAAUGUGUAUGUCAAAGAAAAUAGUCCAAUAGGAUAUUCUCUUUGCUCCAUAAAAGCAGCUGACCCGGAUUUGGGCCAAAAUGCUCAAUUGUCAUACACACUGUUAGAUAGUCAUCCCAGGAAUAUUCCAAUUUCAUCACUUCUCAACAUCGACUCGGAGAGCGGCGACAUCGUCACUUUGCAGUCGUUCGACUACGAGACGCUCAAGACGUUCGAGUUCAAAGUCCAGGCCGCGGACCGCGGCGUUCCUCCGCUCAGCGCCGAGGUGAGCGUCACCGUUUUUAUCCUGGACGAGAACGACAACAGUCCCGGCAUUCUGCCGCCCUAUUCCGAGCACGGCUCGGCCAACGGCGAGAGCGUCCCCUUUUCUGCCGAAGCGGGAUACUUCGUGGCGAAGAUCAGGGCCGUCGACGCAGACUCGGGAUACAACGCGCUGCUCUCCUAUCGCCUGUCCGAGCCCAAAGGCGGCGACGACGGGCUCUUCCGGAUCGGAAGCGGCACCGGGGAGAUUCGGACCAAGAGGAGAAUGAGUGACGAUGACCUGAAAAGUCACCCCUUGGUGGUGUUGGUGUGUGAUCACGGAGAAGCCUCCCUGUCAGCUACUGUGUCUAUUGACGUGCUGGUGCUGGAAAGCGCAGCCGACGUCCGCGCUCCGUUCAGACACGUGCCCGGAAAGGAGGAGAGCUUCUCCCGUUUCCACUUGUAUCUGCUCAUCGCCAUCGCGGCCGUGUCGCUCGUCUUUCUGCUCGGCCUGCUGGCUUUCGCGGCCCUCAAAUGCCGCGGACGGACGGACGGCGCCCCGACGAUCGGCGCCCGCCCCGACGGGAGCCGGUCUUACUCCAAAGCCACUCAGCAGUAUGACGUGUGUUUGGGCUCGGACACGCUCAAGAGCGACUUGGUGCUCUUCCCCUCGGCCUUUCCGCCGGGGGAAGCGGAACUCAUCAGCAUUCACGGCGGGGACACCUUCGGCAGGACUCAGACUUUGCCUCAUACCGAGAAGGUAGGCUGGCAAUUUGUAUAUUUUGUUCCGUAUACGCGACUGCCUCUAGUCUGACAGUUAAUAGCGACAUAUAAACUAUAAACAAGUAACAACACAGUUGCUGAUAUCAAACUUCCCCAGUAGUUGUGACAACAUUUUGCUCGUCUCAAACAUGUCUAAGCACAAGAAUCAUGCUUACAAUCGUCAAAUAAUCAUAAUCUAUCACAGAUGGAGGAUCCAAUUUGAUUUUCCUCUGCAUUUUGCACUCACGCUGUAGACUGCUGUAAGCUUGCUAUAAACCGGCUGGUGUCGGUUUCACACGAAGGCCUUGUGUGUUCCCUGUAAUGUUGGCGCGACUCUGGUCGUCUCUGUGGUCCUGAAUUUCCAUUCUUUGCUUUACAUAAGCACUCAUUUUCUACUUGGCGGUGGGAAACAGCAACUCAAAUGUCACUGUCCGUGGUGCCGGAC